AAAAAGAUCAUUGUGACGUGCGUUUUUUUGCGCGUGUGUGCGUGCGUAUGCUGAAGGGAAAGUAAAACCUAUCGCCUAAGUCGUUUCAGGAGAAAAACUCAUCUGUAGGGAAAGAUGGAAGGGAAGAGAUCAGACUCACCAGAACCCAGCUGUGUGUCCAUGAAGAGUGACCAGUCAAUGGAUCCCAUAACUGACUUCAGAGACAAAGCCACUUCUUCUGAUCCGAGAAAGAUGGAGGGAAAGAGAUCAGACUCACCAGAACCCAGCUGUGUGUCCAUGAAGAGUGACUGGUCAAAGGAUCCCAUAACUGACUUCAGAAGCAGAGAAACACCUUCUGAUCUGAGACAACAAAAGAAGAAAUCAAACAUCAGCAGAAAUCAGCUGGACUCCAUAUUCAAGGAGAUCGAACAUAAAGUCAUCACUCUGAUAAAGAAUGAGCUGAAAAGGUUUAAGAAGCUUCUGAGACCAGAUUACCCAGCAUGCACUGAGAGGGAGGUGGAGGAUGAGGAGGAUCUGCACAGUGUCAGAGAGGGAGCGAUGAAGAUCACACUGCAUGUCCUAAAGAACAUGAACCACACAGAUCUCGCUAACACACUGCAGAACAGACUCACCUCUGUGUAUCAGCCGAAGCUGAAAUCCAAGUUGAAAGAGAGGUUUAAAAGAAUUAAUGAAGGAAUCUCACAACAUGGAAGCUCAGCACUUCUGAAUGAGAUCUACACUGAGAUUUACAUCACAGAGAGUUGGAGUGGAGACGUCAAUAAUGAACAUGAGGUGAGACAGAUUGAGAAAGUGUCCAGGAGACCAGCGACACAGGAGAAACCCAUCAACUGUAAUGAUCUAUUUAAAGACAAGUCCAUCAGAACUGUGCUGACUAAAGGAAUUGCAGGAAUUGGAAAAACAGUCUCUGUGCAGAAGUUCAUUCUGGACUGGGCUGAAGGAGAAGCAAAUCAGGAUGUCACCUUUGUGUUCCCACUUCCCUUUAGAGAGCUGAAUCUGAUGAAGCAGCAAAAUCUCAGUCUGAUGAAUCUUCUUUAUCACUUUUUCCCAGAAAUCAGAAAACUAAAAUUAAUAAACUGUGAUUAUCACAAAGUCCUGUUCAUCUUUGAUGGUUUGGAUGAGUGUCGACUUCCUCUAAAUUUCCAGAACAAUGAGAGAUUGUGUGAUGUGACCGCGUCAGCCUCAGUAGAUGUUCUGCUGACAAACCUUAUCAAGGGGAAUCUGCUUCCCUCUGCUCUCCUCUGGAUAACCACAAGACCAGCAGCAGCGAAUCAGAUCCCUCCUGAGUGUGUAGGCCAGGUAACAGAGGUACGAGGCUUCAGUGAUCCUCAGAAAGAGGAGUACUUCAGGAAGAGGAUCAGUGAUCAGAGCCUGGCUAAUAAAAUCAUCACACACCUGAAGUCUUCAAGAAGCCUCUACAUCAUGUGCCACAUCCCAGUCUUCUGCUGGAUCUCAGCCACUGUUCUAGAGAGAAUGUUGGGUGAAGCAGAAAGUCGAGAGAUCCCCAAGACUCUGACUCAAAUGUUCACACACUUCCUGAUCUUUCAAAUCAAACACAAGGACCAAAAGUACCAUCAGAAAUGUGACCCUGAUCCUCAGCAGACCAGAGAGAGUAUCAUGGCACUGGGAAAACUGGCUUUCCAGCAGCUGGAGAAAGGAAACCUGAUCUUCUAUGAAGAAGACCUGAGAGAGUGUGGCAUUGAUGUUAGAGAAGUGUCAGUGUACUCAGGAGUGUGUACCCAGAUCUUCAGAGAGGAGUUUGGGCUUCACCUGGGGAAGGUGUUCAGCUUUGUCCAUCUGAGUGUCCAGGAGUUUCUUGCUGCUUUAUACGUGUUUCUCUCCUACAUCAGUAGAUAUAUAACAGAACAGCAAACCACUGGUCUGUCUGUUUUUCUCAAAAAUUCGACCAUUUCUGAUCUCCUCAGGAGUGCAGUGGACAAGGCCUUACAGAGUCAGAUUGGACACCUGGACGUGUUCCUACGCUUCCUUCUGGGUCUCUCACUGGAGUCCAAUCAGACUCUCUUACGAGACUUAAUGCCACAGACAGGAAGCAGAUCUCACAGCAAACAGGAAACAGUGGAUUACAUCAAGGAGAAGAUCAGAGAGAAUCCUUCUCCAGAGAAAUCCAUCAAUCUGUUCCACUGUCUGAAUGAACUGAAUGAUCAUUCUCUAGUGCAGGAAGUACAAACUUACCUGAAAGGUGUAGGUUACAGACGUCUCAGUGGAACCAGUCUCUCUCCUGCUCAGUGGUCAGCUCUGGUGUUUGUGUUACUGAACUCAGAACAGGAGCUGGAUGAGUUUGAUUUGAGGAAAUAUGAUCCAUCAGAUGAAUGUCUUUUGAGGCUGCUGCCAGUGGUCAAAGCCUCCAGAAAAGCUAUUCUGCGAGACUGUAAUCUGACAGAGGAAAGCUGUAAAGUUCUGUCCUCUGUCCUCACCUCAAACUCCUCCAGACUGAGAGAACUGAACUUAAGUGGAAAUAAACUGCAGGAUUCAGGAGUGAAGCUGAUAUCUGAUGGACUGAAGGAUCCACACUGUUCACUGGAGAUACUGAGUCUCUGUGUGUGUAACCUGACAGAGGAAAGCUGUAGAGUUCUGUCCUCAGUUCUCACCUCAAACUCCAGACUGAGAGAACUGAACCUGAGUGGAAAUAAACUGCAGGAUUCAGGAGUGAAGCUGCUCUCUGAUGGACUGAAGAAUGCACACUGUACACUGGAGAUAUUGAGGAUGUCUCACUGCAGUAUUACAGGUGAAGGUUGUGUUGCUUUGGCUUCAGCUCUGAAGUCAAACUCCUCAUCACACCUGAGAGAACUGGAUCUGUACGGUAAUAAUCCAGGAGAAUCAGGAGUGAAGCUGCUCAGAGAUCUACUGAAUGAUCCACACUGUACACUGGAGAAACUAGAUCUCUGUGUGUGUAAUCUGACAAAGGAAAGCUGUAGAGUUCUGUCCUCAGUACUCACUUCAAACUCCUCCAGACUGAGAGAACUGAACCUGAGUGGAAAUAAACUGCAGGAUUCAGGAGUGAAGCUGCUCUCUGAUGGACUGAAGAAUCCACACUGUUCACUGGAGAUAUUGAGGAUGUCUCGCUGCAGUAUUACAGAUGAAGGUUGUGUUGCUUUGGCUUCAGCUCUGAGGUCAAACUCCUCAUCACACCUGAAGGAACUGGAUCUGUACGGUAAUAAUCCAGGAGAAUCAGGAGUGAAGCUGCUCAGAGAUCUGAAGGAUCCACACAGUACACUGGAGAAACUAGAUCUGUGUGGGUGUAAUCUGACAGAGGAAAGCUGUAGAGUUCUGUCCUCUGUCCUCACCUCAAACUCCUCCAGACUGAGAGAACUGAACCUGAGUGGAAAUAAACUGCAGGAUUCAGGAGUGAAGCUGAUCUCUGAUGGACUGAAGAAUCCACACUGUUCACUGGAGAUAUUGAGUCUGUGUGUGUGUAACCUGACAGAGGAAAGCUGUAGAGUUCUGUCCUCUGUCCUCACCUCAAACUCCUCCAGACUGAGAGAACUGAACCUGAGUGGAAAUGAACUGCAGGAUUCAGGAGUGAAGCUGAUCUCUGAUGGACUGAAGAAUCCACACUGUACACUGGAGAUACUGAGGAUGUCUCACUGCAGUAUUACAGGUGAAGGUUGUGUUGCUUUGGCUUCAGCUCUGAAGUCAAACUCCUCAUCACACCUGAAGGAACUGGAUCUGUACGGUAAUAAUCCAGGAGAAUCAGGAGUGAAGCUGCUCAGAGAUCUGAAUGAUCCACACUGUACACUGGAGAAACUAGACAUUAAGGAUCUGAAUUAUUCCCAUUCAGAUGUAGAAGAUAACAGAAGACAAGACUAAACUGAUAACAUCUUUUCUCCACUCAGCUCCACCUUACUUCAGACUGUCAUUAGACUGUAUAGAGCACAGGUAUUAAAGAGGUCCAGACAAUUUCUUGAAGCAAAGGUCCGGAAGACCAUAAUGUAUAACUAGUUAGUGUGAUAUACAGUAUAUUUAAGUAACCUAGCAGUUGUAUCAACAUCUGCAAUCAAUCAAUACCUGACUGUCAAAUCAAAUAAAUUCAGUACAAUUCAAAAACCUUUUGACAAUAUUUAUUGUCACUUAACAAAGUACUGAACAUAUGUAUGAUUGUAGAUAUGUAUAAUGUUCUCAUUAAAUAAAUAAAAGUAGGGCUACAUUUCAAAAUAGGAGAGAAUAAAUAAAACAUGAAAAUUGUGUAUGUUUAAAUAAAGUGCAUAACUUUCCUUUAUAUCUCAGUGAGAGAACUGAGCUCUAGCUUGGCUUGGCAGGAUGUUAAACCUGGGCUUGAAUGGAGUCAGGGCCGUUCUCAUACACAUGUGGAAAUUAUCUUUAAUGAGCCUGGAACAGUAUUUAGUUUUGAUUAUGUUCAUUGUACAGAAAGCUGCCUCACAGUUGUACAGUAUGUAGAGCCAAACAUGGUCAGGAUGUAUAGGGCUACUUUCCUCAGACCUGGGAAAGAUGUCUCAGGAACGCUGUCUUCAGAUUUGAGUGGAAAUGUUUGUUCAAAACCUUUAUGUUUUGUCUCAUAAUGGCAUUUCACAUUGCCACUUUUAAUAAGUGCCACGGUUUCUGAACAUACGAGACACUGGUGAAGUGAGAACAGAAAUGAGUCUGUCCAUUCUGGAGUAAAUGUUUUCGUUGUCCACUUUUUUUUUUUUUUUUGGAGAGCGUCAUUUGUUCUUUAUUCUUUCUUUCUCCAUCUCUCACACACACACACACACUUGAGGGGAAAAAAAUCUACUCUGUUUUUCUGAAUUAACGAGCUAAUUAUCUCAGAAUUAUGAGAAUUAUUCAUGAAUAAAAAGUUUUUUGCUCUGUUUUUCUGAAUUAAUGACCUAAUUAUCUCAAUUAUGAGAAAUUUUUUUGAAAAACAUUUUUUCACUCUGUUUUUAUGAAUAAUUCUGAGAUAAUUAACUCGUUAAUUCAGAAAAACAGUAGAUUUUUUUUCCUCAAGUGAAUGCAAUACGCUUCCUUAGUAUUGCGCUGUUGAGUCGCAGUGUUUACUUCAGGAAUGCACAGAUUUGAUUGGCUAAGUGGUAUCAUGUGGGAUGAUUUAACUCGCAUGCAAUUGGUCUGUGCCGGUUAAAAUAGAAGCGCUUCGUCAAGUUUGAAAUCAUAACCUUUUAUUUUGGCUCUAGGUCCGCGGUCCACCUGUUAGUGACCUGUGGUAUAGAGUGAGGAAGGAAAGUUGUUAUAAUGUCUGUAAUCAUUGAAUGAGUGAACACGGGAGUUUUGAUCUCUGUAAAUAAAACAGACAGCUGUACUACAUGUAUCUCCUCAUAUCUCCAUAAGCUGUUUGUCAGCUCAUGUAAAAAAAAACGCUAUUAAUAUUUAAAAUGUCUGUUUUAUUAUUACUCUUAAAUGCAUGUCUUAUUUUAGCACUGUUCUUAAACUUGCCACUCCGUGAGUUUAUUUCCCAGCAUAAUUAAAAUAAAGAAUAAAUAAAAGAGAAGCAG